AUGACACCCAACAGCAAAAGGGGCUGUCCUCUGGCAGGGACCCUGACACCUGGCCAGGGAAGGGGGACAGGAGAGGAGGGACAAAGAUCAAUAACCUGGACCACCUGUCUGCUCCACAGCUCCCACUUCUCCCAGCAGCCCCGCCUCCCUCUAUGGACAGACUGGGCCACCGGGUCUCCCGUCCCCGUCCCCACAAGCCCUGGCAUCCCUCUUGGUAAUAUUGCACGUUUCCUGUCUCUCAGAUUGUUUUCAUUUUCGAUUGAGAAUGCAAAGUAUUUGAAGGGAAUAGGGGAAGUGAGUAACCUUAAAGAAAUAAUAUAUUAG